AGAUAAUUGGCAUCCACGCCGCAGAGCACAGGAGGAGAGCAGAAGCACUGCCGCGUCUGAGAGGAGACAACCAUCCACACCGCCGUAUCAAACAUCCAGGAAAUCUCUCUGACACCAUGGAGCAGAAACAAACCAUCAACUUUGGAGCCGGACCUGCUAAACUGCCCCAAUCCGUGCUGCUACAAGCACAGAAGGAGCUCCUCAGCUACAGCGGCCUUGGUAUUAGCGUUCUUGAGAUGAGUCACCGAUCAGGAGACUUCGGCAAAAUCCUCAACAAGACGGAGGGUCUCCUGCGAGAGUUGUUAAACAUCCCAGACAACUACAAGGUGAUGUUCCUGCAGGGCGGUGGGACUGGACAGUUCAGCGCUGUCCCCCUCAACCUGAUUGGUCUUAAAGAGGACAGGUGCGCAGAUUACCUGGUGACCGGCACGUGGUCGGCAAAAGCAGCACAAGAGGCGGCGAAAUACGGCAAAGUCAACAUUGUCCACCCAAAGCUGGACAGUUACACCAAAAUCCCCGACCCCAGCAGCUGGACCCUGAACCCCUCAGCCUCCUACGUGUACUACUGCUGCAACGAGACGGUCCACGGCGUGGAGUACAACUUCACACCUGAAACAAACGGGGUGGUCCUCGUCAGCGACAUGUCCUCCAACUUCCUGUCUCGACCUGUGGAUGUAUCGAAGUUCGGGCUGAUUUAUGCCGGAGCUCAGAAGAACGUGGGCUGUGCCGGGGUUACUGUGGUCAUCGUGCGAGAGGACUUGAUAGGCCACGCGCUCAAAGAGUGUCCCAUUGUCCUGGACUACAAGGUGCAGGCUGAAAAUAACUCACUUUACAACACGCCGCCGUGUUUCAGUAUCUACAUCAUGGGUCUGGUUCUGGAGUGGAUCAAGAACAACGGCGGCAGCGCUGCCAUGGAGAGGCUCAACAAGCAGAAGUCCUCCAUGAUCUAUGACAUCAUCAACGGCUCUAAUGGCUUCUAUGAGUGUCCCGUAGAUGUGAAUUGUCGCAGCCGUAUGAACGUACCGUUUCGUGUGGGGAAGAAAGAAGGAGACGAAGCCUUGGAAAAAGAAUUUCUGGCUGGUGCGGUCGAACGUGGAAUGAUAUCUCUGAAAGGACACAGGUCAGUUGGAGGAAUUCGUGCCUCUCUGUACAACGCUGUAACACUGGAGGACACUGAGACCCUGGCCACCUAUAUGAAAGAGUUCCUGAAAGAGCACCAAUAAAACAGGCCAGUCUCUCAGUCAGCUGAUCUCACACAGUGGCAUUUUACUACUCCAGUACUUAAAAUAAAACUCUGGUACUUCUAGCUGAGGUCCAUGGUGGAUCCUGAAGGUGCACCAUUAGGCACAGAUUUUGUAAAACCUGGUCAUUGUUCCUAAUCAGCUUUAACCACUACUGCUGCCAGUAAUGUCUUAAAAUACAUGUGUGUUUCUUAGAAUUACUAUUUUAAUUAAUUUGUUGACUAACAGUGCUUUAAUGUACAUACUGUAGGUAAGUCUUGUUACUUGUUGAAAAUAUAUUUACAUUCCAGUAAAGUAAGUUUCGCAGCAUA